AUUGUGUCGUCUGCUUACUUUCUGUUGCAAUUUGCAAAAGGCAAGCUAAAGUUUCGAUAAACGAAAAAGAGAAGAUGCUCUAGAUAUUUUAAAAGAUAUAGAAAACUUAACCAACCUGACUGAACUCUCACUUUUACGAAAACGUACGUGGCUGCACGAAGAAAUAGCACAUCAAAUAAAAUGACAAAAAUGUGGACGUGUGAUUUCUCGUCGUGGCGUGGCUCACCAUGCUCUUUUGCUCUCCACUCCAAGACUCCAUGCUGUUUGGCAGAUAAACAGCAUCCAGUUUGAUAGGAAAAAACUGUGUCCUCGUGUACGCCUAUGUGAAGGUGGGUGUAUUCACGAGGAGACCCUUUCCCCCUAAAUCCCGGCUGGUGUCUUCAACCUUUCAGCGGAUGGAUGGAACGUAUACUUGCAGAUGGAUGCCUGGCUGUGGAUUUCCCAGGCUACAAGACUUUUGGAGCGCCGGUGGAGAUCAUCUUUCGUCUGCUGCUGUGUACAUACAUACAACCAGGAUACAACAACUUGGCAGUUUUUCGGACUUUUCCCCCCGUGUUGUUUGUCGCUCGGUGCUUUUUUCCCUACUGGACAAUUUGAUUUGUUUGGCGAUCGUCAGUUGUCUGGUGUGCGGAGGAUCCAAGAACAACAUUUGAAAGAAGAAAUGAUGAUGGGGCCGCCCGUCUGGACGUCGGCCGUCUUCACCGUCCUCCUCCUCCUAUUGGUGCCAAGGAUCGACGCCUCUGGCAGCAACUCCGCUCUCAAAGCCAAGGGUCACGACGCCCUGGAAGACGACACGGACGAUGCGGCGGCAUAUGCGCGUUACAUGGCCGCUACCGAAGCCUCGGCUCCGCUGAUGCAGCGACGCUCCCAGCAACAACAACAACAGCAACAACAUCACGAUUCCGCCGUUGUGUCUGCUGCUGUUGGCAGCAGUGCUGGUGGUGCUUCAUCUUCUUCUUCUGCCAGCAGCAGCAGCAGCAGUAGUCAUAGCCCAGGGACUAGCAGCAGCAGCAGCAGCAGCAGGGCCUCGACUCCUUUCAAAAGUAUUUACCGCUCCUCGGGUGGUCACGUGACUCUGCUGCAUUCCAACGACUACGCGGCGGCCAUGGCCGGCACGACCCGGCGUCGCUUGGUCCACGUCUGGAGCCCCUGGUCCGCCUGGUCGCCGUGCAGUCGCACUUGCGGCGGAGGAAUCACCGCCAGACACCGCACCUGUCGCGUCGAAUACGCCAGGGUUUCGGAAGGAUCGGGAAUCCGGUCGAGUUACCAGCAAUGCAUCGGCGAAUCGUCGGAAUAUUCGUCGUGCAAUCCGCAGUCGUGCUCGACGGCAGCGGCCGGACAUCCGGAAGAUUUCCGGCUCUUUCAAUGCUCGCUCUACAAUAACCGGACCAUUCGCGGCCAUUACGUCGCUACUUGGACUCCAUAUCAAAUGGGAGCGAAUCAGUGCGAGUUAAGCUGUCGGGCGGGCAACAAGCCCAACGGAUUGGUCUACUCGUUUGGCAAAGUUUUGGACGGCACGCGCUGCACCAUCGAUCCCGAAAAUCCAUACAAAGAGUUCUGCAUCAACGGCCGGUGUCUCGCGGUAGGCUGUGACGGACGGGUGGGGUCUCCGGCCAAGCGAGACAUGUGCCACGUCUGCGGCGGCAACAACGGCACGUGCCAGAGAGUAGCCGCCGUCGCCUUCCCUCAGAAUGCCGACAUGCCCCUCAAGACACGCAGCCCUCAACGAAGUAUGACGGAAACUUAUGGAUACAGUCCGGUAGUCCGCAUACCUCGAGGUGCCACUCACGUCCGCUUGACGGACAACAGCAGCAAUUACCUCGCAUUGAUGGACGAACGUGAACGAUAUUUCCUGAACGGCAACUGGAUCGUGGACUGGCCGGGCCGUUACGAAACGUCGGGAGUGGCUUUCCAUUAUGAACGCGUCAAAGACUCGGAAGUGGUGCACAGUCGUGGGCCAUUGCAACAAGAUCUCAUCGUCAUGGUUCUGGUGAGGGAGAAAGAUCCGGCCAUUUAUUACGAAUACUGGAUGCCACGUCAAGCUCAACUUUAUCGGAUGACGGUGGACGCUUUCGCUUCGGAUGCCCAGCGGGUGGUCUCGGCCCGCCCCACCGUGGCCCCGACCACCAGCCGACCCAGCACGACCACCCGACGGAUAUCUACAUCGAGGGUGACAACAACGACGGCCAGGCCAAUUACCACAACGACUCCGGCGGCCCCCCUGGCUUUCCGGCAUCACAACGAGACGGGCGAAACGGAUUUGAGCGAUUGGGAUCAGUACGAGCCUCAGCCGACGGCCGCCAGUUUAGUCAGGAGUCCACCCCGAAUGACGUACGGCAGUUUCAUGAUUCCUUUCUUCGGCUCCUUCGCAACAACAACCACCACCACCACUACGACGCCCAGGACGACUACCACCAGCGCCCCGACUAAAAAAAGCCGUUCCAGGGGCUCCAAGAAGAGCAAAGCGGCCAACGGAGUUCACAACAUUGACGAGGUGCGCCACCAUCUCGGACUGAUCCACAAAAAGCAUCCGAAAACCUCGUCGGCCGUCAGGAGCGGAGCGAACAACGGACCCAGCCACCAGUCGCCGUGUUCCGUCGACGGAUCCUGCUGGAAAACGGUCAACGGCAAGAAGCAUUUCUGUCUCAGUGAAUUCGUUUUGCGGUGCAAAGUGCUCAACUACGAGGUGAUUAACGGAGAAACGCGCUACGAGAUCCAGGUGGUUCAAUCCUACAAGAACAUGAUCCCAAUUUUGAACCGUGAAUUCAUCUGGGCUGAACCGGUGGCCGAUUGCCCCUGUCCGGCCCCUUAUCUCCGGACUGGCACCGACUACAUCAUCAUGGGCAAGACGGACAGGAAAUUCCGACGUAACGAGAUCCGGCUCCUCCUCGACUCGGACAGUUACGUGCGCGUCUACAACCAGGCCAAUGCGGAGCGAGUGCUGCGCAUCCGCCGAGACGAGGCCAAAUUCUGUCAGAAAUAUAAAACGAAAUUCAAUCUCACGACCUAAGAUAAUUGGGUUAGUUUUUCCCUUUUUUUUCUUCUUUUAACACAAUAUAAGUCAAUGUAAUGUCUUCUUCAGUACUAUACAUAUUGACGUUGGUCCGCCCACCUUAAUAUACGCAAGUGGCGUUGGACGGAUUGGAACAUGAAAAAGAAAAGUGAAUUAAAAAAAGACGUUUGAUAUUUGUGUUGCUAUUGGCAUCUUCAGUGUUUGUGUCAUAUAGUCUGGUUUGAUAGAUUUCGUUAUGAAUAUAGUUGAAAUCGUCUAAAUGUAUAAAUAAUCAUGACAUUUAAAAAAAAUUGGUUUCGUCAAGUCUAGCGCUAGCUGAAUGAUAUAAUAUCACACUUGUAAAUACAUGCGAUUGUACGAUCAACUUUUAAAUGUGUUUUUUUUUUUUGCUUGCCUGUACCAUGUUGAUUAAAAAUGAGUUGCUGUUUAUUAUUUGUCCCGAUGACUGUAAUACAAGCUUCGUUUUGACUGUCAA